AUGGCGACGCAUGUCGUCGUAAUUGGCUCGGACCUGCGCCGUGCUACGAUCAAGGUCACGCCAGGUACCUAUCUGAUUGAUGUUUUGCAAGAAGCGUGCAAGAAGCUUAGCAUUUCCAGCGACAAAUAUAUACUCAAACAGAAGCAAAAGACCGUCGACCUCACCGUUCCCUUUCGCACAUCUGGUCUCGUCGGCGGCGCAAAGCUCGAGCUUGUCCAAAAGUCCAACACGCCGUCGGCCGUGCAGAUCGGCCUGCAGCUGCCGCAGCCCGAAGCCAAAGAGAUCCCCGGUGGCCGCCUGAUCAAGAAGCUGCCCUCGGACCUGACGCUCUGGGGCGUGCUGCGGCAGCUGGAGAGCGGCGACGCGAGCGCGGGGCGCAACAUCAACAUCACGGCGCGCGGCGUCGCCAGAACGAGCGGCGGCGCGGCGUCGGGGGCCGGCCAGCUGUACUACGAGACGCCCAUCCUCAACAUCAUGGGCCGCGACUACACCACGUUUGAGGACUUUCAAAAGACGCUGGCGCAGCUGGGCCACAACUCGGGCAGCGUGCUGGUGCGCCUGACGUUCAAGACGACAGACCAGACGCUGUUUGAGGCCAUGGAGAGGAUCAGCCAGUUCUUCAACGACACGAGGGAGGAGCCGAGCGCAGCUGCGCCGCAAAAAGAAGCGCCGGCUGCAGCGGAAGAAGCGCAGCCGGAGCAGGCGCUAGAUAAUACACCCAUGGUCGACGCAACACCACCCCGCCAAGAAACCGUAGAGGUUACGCCAGCAGCCGCUCCUCUUUCAGAGUCAAAAGACCCGUAUGAGCCCGUCAGUGUCUACCUGGCUCCCUCAAACAGCACACCCGCCGCGGCGCUGGCUCCGGCACAAGAAUCCGACUUUACGCCCACCGUCGCGCACGCCAAGCUCCACCAGAGCCAGCUGCAGCAAAGCUCGCGCAACAAGCGCCUCCUCUCGGACAAGGAGCUCGAGGAAAAGGCAGCCGACGAGCAGGCGCGUGUCGCCGCCAUCAAAUCGGUGCUCGUCAAGGUCCGCUUCCCCGACCAAACGAGCAGCGAGUGGCAAAUAGACCACAGCUCGACUGGGGCCUUUUUAUACGGCGCUGUGCGGCAUGUCAUGGCGGAUCCAGCGCUGCCGUUCCACCUCGUCCUGCCGGGAGGGAGUAGCGGCGGCGGCAAGAAUACUAUCAAAGAUGAUGCAGGCUUGAAGCACAGACUCAUUGCGGGUUACAAGCUGCAGGGCCGGGUGCUCAUCAACCUGGUGUGGGACGACGAGGUGCCGCUGGCGAAGCGCAAGCUGCCGUUCCUCAGCGCGAAUGUCGCGAGGCAGGGGCAGGCAAUCAAGGUGCCGGAGCUGCCAGAGUAUGAAGCAGAGGAGCCGACGGCACCUGCGCCGAAAGGCGAGAGCAGCGAACCGAAAAAGUCGGGGGACGGCAAGAGUGGAAAGGUGCCAAAGUGGUUGAAGCUGGGCAAGAAAUGA